CUAACUUGAGUCACAUAUAGGAGUGGAUUCGUCCAAUGCGACACGCUCAGAAAAUUCUCUUCGAAUUUUCUUCUUUUGAAGAUUUGUGGCUUUUGUAUAGUUCAAAGCAAGUCUCCAAGUGCUCUUUAAUCGAAUAAACAUUACUAUAGCUUGGAACAACAUGUUAUUGUGCACAUACUCUUGAGAAGUCAGCACCUAAGGUACCAUGCCAAACGACUGAAUGCAGUUGGAUUGUUGGCUUUACAUCUGAUAGUCAAUGUUAGAAAUUCUUACUUUCGCGAGGCAUUUGUGGCAUUGUAACGCAACCUAACGCUGAUGGGAAGCAAGGUCUUGUUCUCCCGCGUCUCUAAUUAAAAUGUUCAGUAAUGCGUCUCCUACUCAAGAACAUGUGGAUUAUAACAAAGAUACAACGAUACAACAGCCUGAACAGAUGGCAUGCACCAUCAGUGUGUCUAUACCUAAAGUAGAACCUUGUUGUUAUAGUGAAUCGGAUUUCAGUGAAGGUACAUCAGACACUAAUGGAAUUAUUACAUCACCAAUUCCUUUUACUACACCUUAUAAGGUAAAGGAUCCCAUUGUUUUACUUGAAAAGUGCGAUAAAAUAUGGGAAACAUUAAAAUUAAUAAAAGAUGUACAAGGUAGUAAUAGUUUAGGUACUUUUAAUGAAUUGUCAUCAAACAUCACAAAUUCAGAAUCUUUAUAUAUUAAAUACCAACCAGUAUUAGGCAAUAACAAUACUGCACUACCAAAUUUUAAAUUUUCCAUCAAAACUACACAAAAAUUAUUUCAUUGUUCAACAUGUGGAAAGCUAUAUACAACAAAUCGAUCAUUGAGAUCUCAUUCAGACAGAAUACAUGGUAUUUAUAUACCACCAAAACGUACGUCACAGUCAAAAAAACAUGAAACUAGAUUAGUUACUGACUCUUUACCACAAAGUGUGCCAUCAAAUGAAACUGAAUGUAAAAGCCCAUCUGCUUCAAAUGUUCAGUUACAAAAAAAAAAGAAAAAUGUUUUCAUACCUGCUAGUAAUAAUAUUGAUGGUAAUGAAAACAUAAAAAAAGAUGAAAAAGGAACAAUGCAUAAGGAAUUGAAGCAGAAUGAAAAAUCAACUGUUUUGCAAAAUGACUUAGUUUCACAACAAUGUGUAUUAUGUAAGCAGCUUGUUAAAAAUAUAAGAGAACAUUUAACAGAUUAUCAUAAAAUUGAGUGUUCUAAUUUAAUGUUACAAGAAUUAGAGAAAACAUCUGCUGCACCAAAAGUCAAAGAAUUAAACAAAAUAUCUGUUAAUAAUGAACCUUUGAAAAACAAUGGAAUUAUUCAAGACAAACAUUUUGUAUCCUGCCAAAGGAAAAGAAAAGAAAAAUCAAAUAUAUCACAUGAAAAUCUUAAGAAAAAACCUAAACUUGAUAGUGAUGGUAAUAAUUUUAAAACACAAGGUGAGAUGGAAAAAAGUAUACGUCAGUGUGAUAUUUGUUAUGGGAUUUAUAAAGCGAAAAGUUUUUCGAAACAUUUGCGCAUUCACCGUAUUCGCGGAGAAACGAAAAAUAAUUUCCAUUUGUUCAGUUGCAAUUACUUGAAUUCUCCAUUCUGCUCAAGACACAAGGGAACUGAAAAUUCAAACAAUGUGUCUCCUGAAAACACAAAUUUAUUUAAGGCCAAAAUGCAAAAGCAAAUGUGUAACAAUCAAAGUUCAUACAUGACAAGAUCCUACAUGAAAAACCAUUUUAAGGAACUAGAGACUACUUGUUCUUGUGGAAGAUCAUUUCGUAAUCCUCAUACAUUGUAUAUGCAUAAAACCAAGUGUCAUUUUCCAAAUAGUAAAGAAACACAGCUUGCUAAAAACAGUAAAUUAGAUAUGAGUGCUAUGCAAAAUAGAUGUGACAAAGACUCUGGAGUUGGGAUUAGUAUAACAAUAAAAAAAAAGAAUAAUUCUUAUGAAGUUGUUGGUAAAGAUAUUGGUGAUGAAAAUAAGUUGCAGAGUUCCAGUGAUUCCAGAAAUAUUAAUGAAGUAUCGGAUAUGUCAGAAGAUGAUACUGAAGUAGAUUCACAGGAUCAACAGUAUAUUGUAGAAUCAUCUAAAUAUAGUGAAAAUCAUAGUAUUUUAAGAAUUCAAUUUGUCGACGAAGAUGUUGAUGUUGACAUUGAAGAAGAUUCACAAAAUAAUUUAUUUAAUAACAAUAUUUGUGAUAAGCUUAUCACAAAUGAAAUGAUAAAUGACUUUAAAAAAGAUGAUCAAAUGCAAGAAAAAAAAGUAGAACAAAAUAAUUCUAAUUCAAAUUUUUCAUGCAAAAAUGUUGUCGCUGAAGAGGAACACGAAAACUGUAAUGAUACUAUGCUCAAAAUAAAUAGUAACAAUAAUAUUUGCUUAUGUGGGAAUAUCUAUGACUCUAAAGAAGCUCUUGAUAUUCACAUUAAUGAACAUCACAAAAGUGCACAAUUAAUGUGUGGAUAUUGCAAAGAAAAUUUCCAUAAUAUCAUUGGAUGGCACAAACAUAAGUGUUCCAUUACAAAAGGGGGGGUAUAUGUUGAUCCAUUAUUUGAAAUAAGCUGUCAUUAUUGUAGUGCUGUAUUCAAUUGUUAUGUAAAAUUUGAUCAACAUAUUAAACUCAAACAUUAUGAUUCCGUAGUGCCAUAUCAAUGUUAUAAAUGUCAGAAACGUUUUUCUAGUGCUGCGUGUAGAAAAUUACAUUUUGAAACAGAUCAUAACCUACCUACCUGUACUAUUUGUGGAAAAUACUGCACUGACACUAUGAAGUUCAGACAUGAAGCAUAUCAUUAUGGGCUUGGUUUUCCAUGCCAUACAUGUAAAAAAACAUAUAACAGUAAAUUCAUUUUAUCAAGACAUAUAUCAAAAGUACAUAAGAAAAAACAUACUGAAGGAAUUUUUACUAAAAGAAACAUUGAACCAGAGAGCUAAAAUGAUUAGUUUAAUGUAUAAAAAGUAAUUAUAUGAAGGAAGUGAGUUGUCACAAGAUUUAUAAUCCUUUAUAGCGUUUUUGUAUAUGAGUUUAACAGUAUAAUUGUUUUGAUGUUCUCAUAUUACAUAAAUAAAAAAUAAUAUUAUUUUUCUGAUAUAAUUAUACUUUGUUGUGUAUAUUCUUAUUUACUGUUAAAAAAUGUACAAUUUGUAUAACACAUGUAUUGUACUAUACAU